AUGGAUGUUGACAAGAAACCUGAAGAUAUGACGGUAGAGGAGACGGCCCCAGUUGUCAAGUCUGACAAAAAGCGGUUUGAGAUCAAGAAGCAAUUCAAUUUUGAAUCGUUUUUUCUCCGAUCCGUUACUUACUGUGUACCAUUAACCAUUCAAUCGCAAUUGGGACUAUCGUCGGUGAUUGUCUUCAUGUCUAAUAGUGGAACGCAGUAG